CUUGUUUGAGGCGAGUGCCCUUUAAAAUAAGACACAGACACAAGUAGUGUUCAUAGUGUGUUCUGCAUCAGCCUUCAUCAUGGCAUUCAAUGAGCUUUGUGUUUGGAAAGGGCUCCUUUUAGUUUCUUUCCUCUUCCUCUCUGUCCAUGGACAAACCUCAGGGCCAUCUUUCAUAGUGACGUUUCCUGCUGUGAUCGAGUCUGGAUCUGAGGCCAAACUGUGUGCGAGUCUUCUCAAGCCUAAUGAAAGCCUUGUCAUGAAUAUUCAUCUUGUUCAUGGUAACCAGAGCACUUUACUGCUGCAGCAGGAAGCUGAAGAAGAGUUUCAUCGUUGCUUUAUCUUUCAGACACCUCAGGUAAAAGAAGAAUCAGUGCAGAAAAUGAAGGUUGAACUUCAGGGGAAAAACUUUAAAAUGACCGAAGAGAGAAACGUCUUGUUCAGACGUUACUACCCUUUGACUUUUAUCCAGACUGAUAAACCCAUCUAUGUUCCAGGACAAACAGUGAAUUUCAGAGUUGUCACCCUGGAUAAAAAUUUCGUACCUUUUGAUCAGAAGUACACUGCAGUCAUACUGGAGGACAGUCGUUAUAACAGGAUUGGUCAAUGGGCAAAUAUUUCCUCAACAAGGUGGAUAUUGCAACUCUCUCAUGAGUUGAACCCAGAGGCUCGUGAAGGCGUGUACAAACUGAAGGCUUAUUUUGGUGAACAGGUGAUCACACAUAAUUUUGAGGUGAAGAAGUAUGUUUUACCUAAGUUUGAAGUUACCAUGAAAGCUCCAAAAGCAAUAAGUUUUAACGAUAGCGACGUGAAUAUAGAGCUUUGUGUGAAUUACACAUUUGGGCAACCAGUGGCUGGUAAAGCAAGAGUGGAAGUAUGCCGUGAACUUUUGAAAUAUAUUUCUCGACCUGACUUAAUUUCACCAUGUUUGGUUAAAACCAUUGAGAUAAGUAAGGUGGGCUGUGCCUCCUUUAACUUUGACACAUCAGUCUUUUUUAAGUCUACAAAUGAGAGAUUUCUGAAAGAACAUCUUACUGUACAAGGGUCCGUAACAGAAGAAGGAACAGAAAACACAAUGGAGAAGUCUGAAAUAAUAUCUCUGACAUAUGAAAGUGGUAAAGCUACGUUUACUGAGCUACCCGAAUUUUAUAAACAUGGGUCAAUUAUAGAAGGAAAGAUCAAACUUGCACAUUUCAAUGGAGCACCUCUUCAAAACAAACAAGUUUUUCUGUUGGAGGGUAAAAGGUGGAAUUCAAAACGGCUCCUAAAUCUCACUACAGACAGCGAUGGACUAGCCAGUUUCUCUCUUAAUACAUCUAGUCUUUCUAAGAGUGAUAUUAACUUAAUGGCUAGUGCAUAUCCAGAGUUUCAGAUUGAACGCUUUAAAAUACCUUACAUCUCUACUGAAGAAAAAAUUGUUCAGCUUCUCCAGUCUGCUGCUCCAUACAGUCCAACACUAAGUGAACUGAUUAUAGAGAAUACUGAGCAACCAUUAAAGUGUGACUCUGAGUUUACAGCCACCAUCAAGUAUUAUUUUGUUGGAGAGACUGUUGAAGACUUCAAAACUGACAUUGUGUAUAUGGUCUUGUCCAGAGGAGUGAUUGUUCAUCAUGGAUAUGAGAAGGUUGAAGUGAAAUCUUCUAAUGGAGUAGCAAGUGGCACAGUGUCAUUCAAACUGUCUAUUAGUGCAGAUCUGGCUCCAGUAGUGCAGAUUCUGGCGUACUGUGUUCUGCCCAGUGAAAAUGUUGUUGCUGGUAGCAAAAAUUUCGAAAUUGAAAAGUGUUUCAAAAACAAGGUGUCUCUGCAGUUUUCUCCUGAUAAAGCAGUUCCUGGUGAGAAAAACACUCUCCAGCUCUCAGCUCAGCCUGGUUCACUGUGCGGCCUCAGUGCUGUAGAUCAGAGCGUCCUGAUCCUGAAGCCAGGACAACGUCUGGAUACUGACAAGGUCUUUAACCUGCUGCCAGUACAGUCAUUAUCAGAUUAUCCUUAUAAAGCUGUGGAUACACCAGAGUGCCUAGAAGUUAGACCUCGCCGAGCUGUGUCCCUAGACCAUGUUUAUGACAGCUUGAAGAAUGUGGGAUUGAAGAUGGUAACGAAUUUGAUUGUGAGACAACCCCUUUGCCUGAAAUACCGUGGAAUUACUUAUCACAAAGCAUUUUCUUCAGAUACAUCGAGGUACAUAAAGUAUUCAGAAAGAAAGCUUUCAUCUCCUCCUGUGGAAACAGUUCGUACCUUUUUCCCAGAAACAUGGAUCUGGCAACUCAGUGAAGUGGGGGACUCUGGAUCAGCUCAGGUUCCUGUCACGGUUCCUGACACCAUCACCUCUUGGGAGACGGAGGCCUUCUGUCUGUCCUCUGAAGGUCUGGGUCUGGCUCCUCCUGCUCAGCUGACAGUUUUCCAGCCCUUCUUCCUGGAGCUCUCUCUGCCUUACUCCAUCAUCCGUGGGGAGAUCUUUGAGCUGAAGGCCACUGUCUUCAACUAUCUGUCCAAGUGCAUCAUGGUUAAAGUGACUCCAGCUCCUUCCUCAGACUACACUCUCAAAGCCUCUGAUGUUCAGUAUUCAUCCUGUCUAUGUGCUAAUGGAAGAAAAACCUUUAAAUGGAUCCUCACUCCUUCUGUUCUUGGAGUCUUGAGUAUUACAGUCAGUGCAGAGGCAGAGGCGUCCCAGACUGUGUGUGACAAUGAGAUUGUGAGCGUCCCAGAGAGAGGACGCAUUGACACGGUCACACGAAGUCUACUCGUACAGGCGGAAGGAACUGAAAAGACUGAGACUCACAGCUGGUUAUUGUGUCCAAAGGGUGACAGUCUCUCAGAGGAAGUGGCUCUGACUCUUCCUAAAGAUGUGAUAGAGGGAUCAGCCAGAUCCACUGUUUCAGUCAUUGGAGACAUAUUGGGUCGUGCACUGAAGAAUCUUCAUGGAUUAUUACGGAUGCCGUACGGCUGUGGGGAACAAAACAUGGCUCUUCUUUCUCCCAAUAUUUACAUUCUGCAGUAUCUGGAGAACACGAAGCAGCUCACCUCAGCCAUCCGAGAGAGAGCCACAGACUUCCUGAAGAGCGGAUACCAGAGACAACUGAAUUACAAGCAUGACGAUGGAGCAUACAGCACAUUUGGUUACGGAGAAGGGAAUACUUGGUUGACUGCCUUUGUCCUGAGGUCUUUUGGCAGAGCACAGAAAUACAUAUAUAUUGAACCACGUAAUAUUCAGAGUGCAAAAGAAUGGUUAAUAAGCAGACGGGAUUCAGAUGGCUGUUUUAUCCAGCAGGGAAGACUGUUCAACAACAGAAUGAAGGGUGGAGUGAAUGAUAAUGUGACCAUGACUGCCUACAUUACUGCAUCAUUGCUUGAACUGGAAACUCCAGUCACAGAUCCUGUCGUCAGUAAAGGUUUGUCAUGCUUGAGGUCCGUCAUUGAGGAUGUCAAAAACACUUACACCACUGCUCUGCUCACUUACACUUUCAGUCUGGCUAGAGACACGGUCACUCGACAGCAGCUUUUCAAGAAAUUGGAAGAUGUUGCUAUUUCAGACGGGUCUCUUCUCCACUGGUCUCAGUCUGCAUCUGCUGAUGACUCUGAUUCUCUGGCAGUGGAGAUCAGCUCAUAUGUGCUGCUAGCUGUUCUCACUGCAGAUUCAGUCACUACAGCUGAUCUGGGCUAUGCUAACAGGAUUGUCAGCUGGCUUGUGAAGCAGCAGAAUGCCUUUGGAGGAUUCUCCUCCACACAGGACACAGUGGUGGCUCUUCAGGCUCUGUCUUUGUACGCCACCAAAGUGUUCAGCUCUGACGGCUCCAGCACAGUGACUGUCCAGUCAGCAGGAGACACUCACCACUUUGAUGUCAAUCAGGACAACAAGUUACUGUACCAGGAGAAGCAGCUGCAGAGCGUUCCAGCCAAAUACAGCAUUGAAGUGAAGGGCUCGACCUGUGUGUCUGUGCAGUUGGCUCAGUUCUACAACAUUCCCACUCCUACUGAAGCUAAAACAUUGAGCAUUGAUGCUAAGAUUGAGGGAGAUUGCAAGAAAACCUUUGGACAGUACCUAUUGUUAAAUUUCACUGUGAAAUAUGAUGGUCCACAGGCAAGAACUAACAUGGUCAUUGUGGAUAUUAAACUCUUGUCAGGAUUUACAGCUGAUACAUCAAUGCUUGAACCUCGAAGCACUUCAAGUACAUCACUUGUGGAACGGGUCGAUUCUAAAGAUGAUCAUGUCAUCAUAUAUUUGAAAGAGGUUCCAAAAAAUAUUCCAGUCAGUCACCAGUUACAUUUGAAACAGAUUCUUCCAGUGAAGAAUCUCAAGCCAGCUGUGAUUAAAGUGUAUGAUUACUACCAAACAAGUGAUCUGUCGGAGACUGAGUAUUCAUCCCACUGUCGUGACUAAGUGAAGUGACUGUCGUGCUUCAGUUCUGCAGUUUGAAUAAAUAUGUUUGAAUGCUGACUAAAUGUUUUUAUUCAGUGUUUAUAUCUUUUCCUUGGCAAAUUAGUUUUGUGAUUAGUCUUUGUUUUAUUAAACCCAAACAACCUGAAAACA